GGCAGUCUCGCGUUUGGUGGGUUGGGACAGCUGGGUGCUCGCUGCGCGUUCAUAGCCAUUAUUAAAUGAGAUUGCGACAGACUGCUGUGCUGCUUGGAAGUGAGUUUCGGUUUAAUGUGCAGCAGAAAGUUGAUUUACGAAUAAGGGUUCUUUUUGUUAAUUUUUUUCUCUUCUCAGUUGGACUUGAAACAUUUCUUUUGGCACUUUCACAUCUCUCCGGGGUAGUUUCUACCGCUUGGGGACACUUUACCGAAAGUAAGUAUGUCUAGUGCGCUGCGUCCCAGACAGUGUAUUUUAGAAAAGGGGGCCAAUGGCUACGGCUUUCAUCUCCACGGAGAAAAAUCAAAGUCCGGGCAGUUCAUUCGCCUGGUCGAACCAGACUCUCCAGCGGAAGCCUCGGGUUUACGUGCUGGGGACAGACUUGUGUUCGUCGGUGGUGAGAACGUAGAGACGGAGAGCCACCAGCAAGUCGUGUCCCGGAUACGGGCUGCAGCGGAUAGGCUGGAGCUCAUCGUGGUGGACAAGGAUACCGACGAGCUGCUGACAAAGCACGACCUGAAGUGCCUUAUAGAGUACGUGACCGAAGGAAUUCCGCUGCCGGGUAACGGCUCCGAUGACGGGACUGAUGCCCAGAACAGCACCCCGAGGGAGUCGACGCCGGUCCCCGAGGAGAAUGGAGCGGUCCCCCUGGAGAAGAAGCUCAGUGUAAGCUCGGACAAGGAACCUCAAAAAGAGCUGCGUCCUCGUCUCUGUACCAUCAAGAAGGGGACCAAUGGCUAUGGAUUCAACCUGCACAGCGAGAAGUCCAAGCCAGGACAGUACGUCCGGGCAGUGGACGAGGACUCUCCGGCCAUGAAAGCUGGCCUUCGUCCCCAGGACAGGAUCGUGCAGGUAAAUGAAAUGUCUAUGGAAGGGAAGCAGCACUCGGACGUAGUCGCAGCCAUCAAGGCUGGGGGCAACGAGACCAGUCUGCUGGUGGUAGACUCCGAGACGGACAACUUCUUCAAGAGCUGCAAGACCACCCCCACAGAGAAGCAUCUGACAGGACCUCUGCCUGAGCCUGUGACCAAUGGAGAGACGGAGGACAUGGUUAAUGGGAAAAUGGCCAAAGAGCUGGACACCACAGUUAGCCAUCCAAGUAGUAUCAUCUCCAGUGCUGCUGUUAGAGAGACACAGCAGCAGAGUGCCGAGGCCCCAGCGCAGCCCAUCCCAAGUCCCCAGCCAGUGCAUGUGCCUCAGGAAACAAAGGUGGACGACGCAGCCCCAGCCCUGACUCUGUCCCUCCAGCAGGCCAAGGAACGAGCGCGUCAGAAACGUUCCAACAAGAGAGCCCCACCCAUGGACUGGAGCAAGAGGAACGAGCUCUUCAGCAACCUAUAGGACAGCUGCAGGGGAAGCAGGAUGGCCCCACCUGCUGUGAUUUCCACUGUGUAACAAAUGUAUUGCCCAGUCAGCUAAAAUACAAGCUGCCAGUAAGAAUGAAAGACACUAUAUUUCUAUAGUAGGGACCAUAAUCUUUAUAUUUGUAUCCAGUGUUUAAAAGAGUAGGAAACCCUCUUUGUAGAGGGAAAUUUAUUUGAAAUUAGUGAAUUGAGUGCUGAUGUGUGAUUUAUCAAGGCUUGAUAGAGCAUGUUGUUUAAGAAGGUUUGAAUGUUUUUUUUUUUUUUUUUUAAUUUCAUGAUUCACCCUUACUUUUAAAGGGGUAUUUUCUGUCUUAAUUUAAACUGUAAAAUCUUUGGCAAACAGGGCAAUAAUUUUAUUCUUUUGUCUUUUAAUUUUCACAUCUUGCCUGUGGAACCUUUACAUUCCUCUAUGGUACAGAUAAUUGUUUCUUAAGUUAAUUUUUUAUAAAACUGAGCCACUGCCUUUUCUUAGCACUAAUAACUUUACUGUUUUUCCCUUCUUCCAAUGCCGGCUUUGUUAGCCUGAGUUCAAAUGAUUCAAGGAGGAGUUUGCAGGCACUGAAUCUGAAGAGCAGAAUAUAGCUUCAGGACUAGGAAGGUGUCUGGGAACGAAUAAAAAAAUAUUUUAAAAAAUGGAUAAAGAUCCUCUUAAGGUGAUGUCGAAUUGAUAGCAUGCAUAUUUCAUGGUAACGUGUGGUUUAUUCCACCAGCACACUGUUUAGGUAAGACAAAUAUGUUAAUUACUGAACUCUGCUCCCCUUUCAUGGAAAUGUUAGAACCCUUCAGGGCUCGUUUUCCACUUGGCUAAUCCUUAUCAGGACUUUGUACCUAAACCUCCUUCAUUUGACCAAACAGGCCACACAGUGCAUUUGUUGAGCUGAAUUUUGAUGCAUUAAGACUGAAUAUUCUACAUCAGCCAAAACAUGGCUGAAAAAUGUGAAAGGAGUAAUAUUUAACCUUUCAUUGUUGCUCUUAAUAGUACUAUUGUACCACUUCUUCCAUGGAUCAUACAUCUUCUGUACAUGCUUGUCCUAUUCAGGGUCCAGAGCCUAUCCCGGAAUCUAUGGGCAUUGGGUAAGGAAUAACCCAGGAUGGGGCCCCAACCCAUUGCAGGGAACACACACAAUUCAUAUCUAUCAAAAAUUUGGCAACUCAUUCAAUUUAGUAUGUUUCUGGACUGUGGGAGGAAACCCCACCUCAACAUGGGGAGAUCAUGGAAACUGCAUACACACACACAGUCGGGGUGGAGAUUCAAACUCCGGUCCUAGAGAUCUGAGGCAACCAGGGUUAACCAGUGUGCCGCUGCUCCCCGAAUCACAUCUCCACAUUUCUUUUUGUUUUAACCAAUAUCAAUACUUAAUUUUGUAAACUCUGUAUGUAUAAUAGUCUACAGUCAUGUUUUAAAUGUUGUAUUGAUUCUGUUAAACUGCAAGGACAGGACCAAGUAUGCCUGUGUCUACAGGAUGAGCAUGUUGGGAUUUUAAAUUUGUGUUUAUUCAAAAUGAGUCGUGUAAUCAGUUUUAGUACAGUAAUUUUCCCCCUCACUGGCCAUCCAUCUUACUCAAAGAAAACUGUUCAGAAAUAAAUAUGCUGAUUUUCACUGCA